GCGCACACACAUUGAGAGGAACACACACAUACUAGUAGCAGCCACAUUUUCACAGCUCUUCAGAGUGACAGCAGCAAACGGAGUAGAGAGCCAGCACGGCAGAGCGAGGGAGGAAGAGAAACAGGAUUGGAAUCAAGGGAGGCAUCCACAGAGGAGAGGAAAGAAGACAGGACUUGAACAAGAUUUGCUCCCCCCAAACCCUUUUUUUACCUCUUUUAGCUCUCAGGGAGCCAUAAAAGGACUCUGCCCUGUACUCUUCUUGAACUGAACUUGCUCUGCUAAAGGACCUGCACCUUGCUAUGGCAGCCCGAGUAGGACAUGGGAACACUGUCUCCCUAUCAUCUUGCUCCUCUCAUCACUGGACUACCCUCCUCUGGGUGCUGCUGACCCUUUUAAUCCAAGUUUGGGGUUUUAACCUGGAUACUACUCACACUCUGCAUAAGCUGGGAGACCGUGGCACCUUUUUUGGUUUCUCUCUAGCACUUCACCAGCAGCGUACCCCAGAGCCUCAGAGUUGGAUUCUCGUGGGGGCGCCACAGGCUGCAGGGCAGGGCCCAUUGCGACGCAGUCGACCUGGAGCCCUGUUCAGGUGUCCAAUCACACCAGAGGAGUAUGACUGUGAGAGGGUGGAUAUUGAUCGAGGAGUGAGUCUGGACAAAGAGAGUAAAGACAACCAGUGGCUGGGAGUUACUGUAAAGAGUCAGGGAAUUGGAGGAAAAGUGGUGACCUGUGCUCAUCUGUAUGAGCUGAGACACCGUGUAAAUCAGUCUUCAGAGACUCGUGACCCCAUUGGACGCUGCUAUGUCUUGAGUGAGGACCUGACAGUGAGAGAUGAACUGGACGGAGGGGAAUGGAAGUUCUGCGAGGGCCGCACACAGGGACAUGAGCACUUUGGUUUCUGUCAGCAGGGCCUGUCUGUCAGUUUCACCCCAGACAACAACUUCAUUCUGUUUGGGGCUCCAGGAACAUACAACUGGAAAGGUGAGAUGCGUGUCCAACUCCUAAACCAGACUCUACUUGACAUCGGUUUAUAUGAUGAUGGACCCUACGAGGUGGCAGAUCAGAAACAACUUAAUGCCAGGCUCAUCCCUGUGCCCUACCACAGUUACCUGGGUUUUUCUGUGGACUCUGCCAUGGGGAUAAUGAGCCUUGGGGAGCUGACGUUCGUAGCUGGUGCACCCCGGGCCAAUCACAUAGGGGCUGUGGUUCUGCUGAAAAAGGACAACGUGUACCGACUGGUGCCACAGCACAUUUUCUGGGGGGAGGAGCUGGCGUCCUCAUUUGGGUACUCAGUAGCUACGACUGAUCUAAAUAAGGAUGGCUGGACAGACCUGAUUAUAGGAGCGCCUAACUUUUUUGACCGUAAGGCAGAGAUUGGUGGAGCUGUUUAUGUGUACCUGAACCCUUUUGGCCGCUGGAAUGAUCAGGCUCGACCCAUCCGUCUCAAUGGGACAUAUGACUCCAUGUUUGGGAUGGCAGUCAGCAGUGUAGGAGAUCUGGACCAGGAUGGAUAUGGAGAUAUUGCUGUGGGUGCACCUUUUGAUGGCGAUGGCAAGGUUUUCAUCUACCGAGGCUCCGAUGCUGGAAUUGAGACAAAACCUGCCCAGGUGUUGGAUGGUCGUGACUUUGAUGUGAGACGUUUUGGAUAUUCCAUCUCAGGCGGUUUGGAUAUUGAUAAUAACCAUUAUCCAGACAUUGCGGUGGGCUCUCUCAAUGAUUCGGUGGUUCUUUUCAGGUCUCAUCCAGUCAUUCAUGUUAUCAGAGUGAUCUCUAUUAACCCUCAACACAUUGAUCUGGAGCAACACAACUGCAAAGGCAGAGAUGGAGUCUGUGUGGAGGUCAAGAUCUGCUUCAGCUUUACAGCCCACCCAGAACACUAUUCACCACACAUUACCCUGGUGGUGCGCUUUGAAGCUGACACUGAGCGUAGGAAGUUGGGCCUACCACACCGUGUAAACUUCCUGGGACGCGAUUCCCGUGACCCCGAGUAUACCCAGACAGAAUAUGUUGAGCUACAUCAUCAGCGUCACCUUGCGUGCACUACUGCUGUCUUCCAACUCCAUGAGAACAUCCGUGACAAACUGCGUCCCAUCUCAUUAGUGAUCACCCAUACUAUAAAGUCUGUGCCACCCCGCAGACACUCUGGUGCCAAGAGGCUGGAGAAACUGAUGCCUGUAUUGAAUGUUUCCCCUUCAAAUACACUGCACUCUGAGGUGAACUUCCUGAGAGAAGGAUGUGGCAGUGACAAAAUCUGCCAGAGCAACCUGAAGCUGAGCUACCAGUUUGGAACACGACCCCUGAACUCCGACCUCUUCACCCCUCUGCCAACAGAUGAGGAUGAUGUGCAGGUGUUCUCCCUGUCAGACCAGCGGCUGGUGGUGCUGGAGAUUACUGUCACCAACAUGCCCUCUGACCCCCUGCACCCUGAGGAGGAUGGGGAUGAUGCCCAUGCUGCUCAGCUGCUUAUCUCACUUCCAGACACUCUGCCAUAUGCGGGCGCAAGGGUCCCACCACAGAUGAGAUGUCAAGCAAACCAGAACGGCUCCCAAGUUGAGUGUGACCUGGGAAACCCUGUCAAACGAGACACUAAGCUGACAUUCUCCAUCAACUUGAGCACAUCAAAUAUUACCAUUGAGACCACCGAGUUGAAAGCAGAUCUCUCACUGUCAACUAUCAGCGAGCAGCCGGACCUGACCCCAGUCACAGCGCUGGCUAAAGUUGUGAUAGAGCUCCCUCUGUCUGUCAUUGGGCUUGCUCGUCCUGAUCAGCUGUUCUUCAGUGGGACUGUGAAGGGAGAGAGUGCCAUGACUAGUCUGGAGGACAUCGGCAGCCCUGUGGAUUUUGACUUUGUGGUUGCCAAUCCUGGCCAAGCUCUGCAGACGUUUGGUUCAGCCUUCCUAAACAUCAUGUGGCCUUCUGAACUGGCCAAUGGGAAAUGGCUUCUGUAUCCUGCUAGCUUGAAAUUUCAGGGUGACGCAGACACACGCUGCACUUCCACAAGUGAUUUGAAUCCUCUGAAGCUACAGAGCUCGUCACCCGCAGAGCGUCCACAGUCUGGCAGUCACAGGGAUGGGAGAACACGCCGCUCCCACCCAGAGGAUGAAGGUCAAGGCAAACCAAAGGGCAACAUGGGACGGACCACCCCAGCUGUGGCAGCUUCAGAGAGACGCAAAUCACUUAAACUGGACUGCCUCUUGGGGUCGGCACGUUGUAUUCUGUUCCAGUGUCCUCUCAACAGUCUUUCUGGUCAGGCCGUCCUCAAGGUUCACGCCAGGUUGUGGAACAGCAGUUUCAUAGAGGAUUUUGCAGCAGUUAGUGUUCUGGAGCUGCUGGUCAGAGCAAACAUCACUGUGAAGUCCAGCAUCAAGCACCUGGUCCUCAAGGAUGCUGCUGCCCAGGUUCCAGUGAUGAUCUACCCUGAACCUGGUCUUGCUGACCAGUACCAGAUCCCCUGGUGGAUCAUCCUUAUAGCUGUCCUGGCAGGCAUCCUGCUGCUGACUCUACUGGUCUGCAUACUGUGGAAGUGUGGCUUCUUCCGACGGGCCCACUACAAAGACAAACUGCCUCAAUACCAUGCGGUGAAGAUUCCUCACGAGAACCGGCCACAGUUCCAGACUGAGAAGUCAGGAGUUAUCCAUAAAAAGGAAUGGGCCACGCACUGGACUGAUGGGACCUCUUAACUCGCUGUGAAGCAUUGACUGACUGAAUUAAUUGAAAUCAACAUGUGUGGUAUUCAUUGUGUCUUUGGAACGAACAGACUAAAAGAAGUGCACAUAGACUGAGAUUAUGAGAUCUUGUGCGUGCUGUACUGUGUCAGUACUUGCAUAUUGGUAGCCUGUUACACUGUGGCUGGCUCUAUAUUCUCCCACUGUGUAGCCCAUUAAUGGCUGGCCUUAGUCUAGUUACAGUAUACUGUGCAUUCCUAUCAGUGUUUUACAAUAAAUACUGAAGACCCACAACAACAUUAGAACCAGACUAACUACUCAGUAUCUUUUCACAGUCUGCACAGGUGCUCAUCAUCGGUCAUCGGUUUUGACUGGCACAACAAAGAACAGGGAAACACAACUCAAAGACAUGCAUGAAUGCACAAACAUACAAUAAAAUAUUAGAUGCAUAUAAACACACUGGACACUGUUAUGAAGAAGCCACUGCCUGUGACAAAGACUACUUUCUUGCCUUAACUACUGUAAGACUGGCAACUGACAUGGGCAUUGAAAAAAAAGACUUUUUUAAAAAUAUAAAUGCUUCAGGAUAUUCUUUAAGUUAGCACUAAUAAAUAAAGGAAAAUGUGAGUAUGUAAGAUAAUCAUAAAGUGAAAUUUGUUGCAGAGCUCUGAAUGUGUUGUAUUCUGGGCUUAAUGAACAAGUGAUUAAAGAAGUUUACCUGAUGGAUUUUGUACAUCUUUAUUCAAGGAGAUAAAAGCCUUGUAAAUCAGGAACCUUCACAGUUUUAUACUUCUAUAAUUUGCCAUUUAAAUGUACUGUACAUCAGUAGUUCAUUACGUGAAGCAACCUAAGAACAAAAAAGCCACGAUACAGCCUGUAAUAGUCACAGCUGUAGCACUGCUGUCACAUGAAAACCAAACAUGUCAGAAGAGCGAAGCGCUAUUUAAAAUGUAGUCUGCCCAUGUGUAUUGUCAGUGUUAAAAAUUAGAAGGCAAGCUUUUUUUUUUUAGGAAUGAAUGCCGUGUUCUAUAAGAAUAUAGCAUUACACAUUUACACUAGUUCUAUUUAUGACUGAAUUGAAAACAGGUGACACCAUUCUUUUCUAAUGAGAUGUAAAGGUAUUUCAUUAGGAGACGUUAUGGGCUUUGUAUAAAUACUGUAAUUUCCAAACUAUUCUAGUAUAUUAACCUGCUUGUCACACUGUUCCUGGUCAUGUACUCAGGUCAUACCAGUCAGGGUAAGACUGUACAUCAAUUUUGGUACUGAUAUUUCUAAUUGCAUACUAGUGCCUUAUGAUAAAAGUGGCAGAUUUUGAGCUAUUGGUUAAGAACACAAGGCUGCUGCAGAUUAGAUCAUUCUGCCGUGAAACAUCUGGAGGACACCUGUGGAAACACACAGACAGCAUGAACAAGGGAGAGACAACAUGAACAUGAAGAUUUCUUGAAGAGCAGAAUAUGUCUGAAUGAGAUAAAUUUUCUCUGGAUCAAAAUUGGGCUGAUGAAGUGGCUGUAAAGCAUGAAAAGUCAGCUUGUUUUUAGGUAUUGCUGGACAAUCUUCUAUUUAGCUGCAUGAAACUCCUGUUGCUGUGCUGCUGUUCCCCUCAUUGUUUUGUCAUGGCUGUUUUAUUUAUAUUUUGAUUGGCUGCACUGUUGUAGCAUUGUAAAUAAAAUUAAAGGAAACAAAAUAAACCCAUAUAACAACUUUAGUUUUGCAUGCCAUCCUCAUUUAGUGGUACAACAAUGUCGAGUAAUGAGUUAUGAAAGCUGCGGUUCAUUUAGGAAACAGCAGAUGGCGGCAAAACUCUGAUUGUCCGUACUAUUUAGAUUAUAUUUGUAUAAACAUAACUGUCUAAAGAUACACAAGAAAUUUAGAUUGAUAUAACGUGCAAA